GGAGAAGGAGAGAUGAAGGAAGUCAAAUAGAUUAAAUACCAGUCCUUUGCAAGAAAUUCUUGAACAGCCAAAAUCCAAAGUCGACGAAAAGUUUCAGCCAGCAUCACACACACUGUGUCUGUGUUGUGUUUCUCUAGAUCAUGCUGGAAGAUGAUAUCGCUGGGGAAACACAAUAAUGUUGUCGAGGAGACCUGUUGCAUGAACCCCCUUUCAAUUGCUUCCCUUUUGAUCCAGCUUCCAGGGCUGAUUGAUGAAUUCUCCAGGGAUGCCAUCCCGACGGAGUUACAGGGCCAGCCUUCGGAAUGGCUGCUUGGAGUGUAGAAGUCGGCGAAUCAAGUGUGGGAAACAACAGCCCCAGUGCUCGUUCUGCCACAGUCGCAACCUAAUAUGCGAGUAUCUACCACCAUCGCCCACCCCGUUGGCCUGGUCCAAGAUCAAGUCGCGCUCCUCCACACCUAUACCGUCUGCGACUAUACCCUCCCCGUCCAUUGUCAAUCCGGCCUUCUUAACCCAGUACCAAGCGCUCAUGGACUCCCCCACCGCGAGGCCCCCUGCCCGGGAGCUGAACAUACAGGACCUGGAAUUGAUGAUGCAGUGGUGCACCACAACCUACCGCUCUGUCUCAAGGAAUAGCACUGUGGAAUGCAUCUGGCAGGCCGUCGUUCCGCGAGAGGCUAUGCGCCAUCCGUUCCUGAUGCAUGGGAUUCUUGCUUUGUCCGCACUCCAUCUCGCAGUCACCGAUAAUGCCGAUAUCAAGGAUCACUAUAUUCGGACCUCCAAGGAUCACCGGAAUCAGGCUCUGCUCGGCCUCACCAAGGUAUCGGGGAAAUCGAAGCCUUCCCAUUGUAACGCGACUUUUACCCUUUCGAACAUCCUAAUGAUCUUCUCCUUUGCUCUUCCGGAAAUCAUGGAGCCCUCCCCAAAUCGAUGCGUUUUAGACGAGCUCCACCAGGUUUUCCAGUCGACGAGGGAAUCGAUAGAUAUGCUGGUUAACAUCAUAGACUCGGUUGGGAAUGGAGAGCUCCGCCCGUUGCUGCAGCACGACACCUCUCACCCCCGGAUGCCGGACACUUCUCGGCUAGCAAUUAUGUCACUUGCCCGGCUAAACGCCAACCUUGCGCGCCAGGACGCGCAUCACGAGAAGGACCUGUAUGACGCCACUAUCAAACAGCUCGGAUACUCACUCGACAAAGUUUCCCAGGGCGGCGAAACGAUGAUUGUCGCCUUCCAGUGGAUUUUCCAUGUGCCGUCUCAAUACAUCGAGCUCUUCCGCCAGCGAGAGCCAUUCGCACUCGUGAUUCUGGCCCAUUACGCGGUGAUCAUCCAUUCGCUGAGGGGACACUGGUGGAUGGGCGAAUGGGGCGCCAGACUGAUCCAGGAGAUCGGUCAGUGUUUGGAUACCAACUGGAGGAACUCGCUCAGCUGGGUUCUCGAUGCGACGGGCUGCUAUAUUCCACCAGUAUGAUGAAAGCAUCCCAGCCACUCCCGAAUUGGUUUCGCAUUCCAUUCCUCGAAAGGGACUUGAGUCGCGACAUCGCAACGAUCGGAUAUCUCGGAAAGAAUUUCACGAUCGCAGCGCUGACUUUGGCCCAACUUUAACCGCUGCUGGCUGUGGGCAGGACACUCGCUAGUAAAUCGGCCUACCAGUAGGUAUACUGCUGCCGCUGGCGUCCGGAAACAACCAACUCCAACAAGCUGACUACAUACAGCCGCAGCCGCAGCCACAGCCACGCAGACAAGCGCCAGGCAACCAAGAAGCUCCUAGAUAUUACCAGCAAGAGAGGUUCAGCUGAGCCGCACCUGCGCGACAGGUAACCCAAGUCCGACCCUUUUCCCCCCCGCAGCCAC